AUGGCUAGCCCUACUGUUCUUACUUUUGAUGCCGAGGGGCGUGCGGUUGACUUUGACGUGUGGGUUGACGACCAGCAGCUCUUUCUUCAGUGUGACUCUAGGGACGGGGUAUCCCUUUUCGAUCACACGUCCGGUGUCUCUACUGCACCUGCUGCCACUGCUGACAGUACGGUUCGCUCGCAGUGGACCACUCGUGACGCUGUUGCUCGCCUUGCUGUUCGUAGUCACCUGCCAUCUGCUGAGCGCGCGCACUUUGGCCAGUACAAGACUGCUAAGUCUUUGUAUGACGCUGUUGUAGCGCGCUACUCCUUCCCUGCCACUGCUGCCCUCAGCCGCCUCAUGCUCCCGUACCUUUUCCCUGACCUUGCCGCCUUUGCCACUGUCGCUGACCUCAUUACUCACCUCCGCACUAGCGACGCCCGCUACUGCGCUGCGCUUCCUACUGAGUUCUGUGCCAAGAACCCCCCGCCCAUGUACAUCACCCUUUACUACCUAGUCACCCGCCUCCCUGACUCCCUUGCUUCAGUCAGGGACCACUUUCUCUCCCUUUGCCCCACCGAGCUCACCGUCGACCUGCAAGAGGAGUGCCUCACUGCAGCUGAGAAGAGUAUCUUAGCUGUAGGCGCUUCUCGCGGCGAUCGUCCCGCCCCUUUCUUUGAGGGGUGUUCCCCUGUCCCCCUUCUCCCCUAUGUUGCUUCCGCUGCUGCUGUCGACCUCGUUGGCACUGAGGAGGUCGGGGCUGCGUCUGCUCCUAGUGGGAGGCGCCGCAACAGCAAGGGCAAGGGGGGCAAGGGUGGUGGAGGGGACGGUGGGGGCGGCGGUGGAGGCGCGGCAGCGGCGGUGGAGGCAGUGGCAGCGGUGGUGUAG